UGUUAUGUAUUUAUUACUUGCAUACAAAAUCAUACAGUACAGCGCAGGUUGAAUUUUUAACGUAAUGGCAAUAUUUAAAUGUAAAUAGAAUAGUGAAUACACAGUCUGUGUUUUAUGAUGAUAUUCAAACAAUAGUAUCUGUAAACCAUUAAAUAUAUGUUGAAGUGUAAAUGUGUUAGAUGCAUUGUACCUAUGUACCUUAGAAAACAUACUGGAACGUACAUACAUAUAUAAGUGACGAAUUUAUGCUUCAGUCGUCUCUAAUUUAAUUAUAGAAGGAAGCACACACCAACUAAACACUCUGCAAUAGACACGGAAACAGCGUAUUAAAGGAGACAUAAUAUAGUUGCUAUUUACUUGUCUGUAACCUAAAAGUGUUUGCAGGUGGGGUCAAUCGUGAUAUUUCCAUUAAUUAUGUGGAUGCCAACUCAUGUCCAGGUUGUAGUACACCGAGCUACGGGAUUACUAACCAAAGGUAAAAAUAAUACAAAUGACUGUUUCGUCACAAUAGCUUUAGGAAAAACAAAGUAUCAAACAUCAAUAAAAGAAAAGGCAUUCAGUGUUGUUGAGUGGCAUGAAGAAUGUGAACUACCAAUACCUGACCAAGGCAAUAGGGCAGAAAUUGUUUUAACAGUCUUACACCGAAAUUUUCUUGGAGUAGAUGAAUUUUUAGGUAGAGUUGCAGUUCCUUUAAAUGAACUUGAUGUGUAUGAAAGGCCAAAAGGAAGAUGGUACAUGUUACAAAGUAAACCAGGACAAGAAAGUAAGGGUAAAGCAAGAGGACAGUUGGAAGUAAAAAUAGCCUUUAUUGUAAAAGCUGGAAGUCUAACAGAUUUAAGUAAAAAAGAGAAACAUAAGUCUUCCAUUUUUCCCUUAUCUCAAGUGGCUCAGUCAGUUGGAGGAAGUUUGCUAAGUAUUGGAAGUUUGGAAAAAAGAAAGGGUAUUAAAAAAAUCGCUAAAUCUAUAGGAUCAAAAAUGCAUUUAAAGGGCAAGAAAAAGGCAGCAGAUGAUGAAUCCAGUUCAAUGGGAAGUGUUGUUAGUUUGCAACAAAAUGCUGUUCCCUUUAAGAGUAAACAAACACGAGAAGAUGCUGAUCCAGGAGUUGUUAGUGAAGAUGAAGAUGAAUUUGCUUUUGAUGAAUUAUCUCACAAAAGCUCAAGUGGUUCUCUUAAUUAUUUACACAAUCGCUCAGUAGCUAAUGGUUCUUUAGAAAAUUUGCCUGGUCAUGAAAACAUACAGAAAAAUGGAAAUACAAAAUCAGAACAACAAAUAAAAGAUGAAUGGGAACUGAAAUUAGGCCUAACUAAGCAAAACAAAAAUUCGAAACUUACUACAAGUGAGUCAUUUAAUAAAUUGUGGGAUUCUCCGAAGUUCUCCCCAAGGAUAGAAGAAGAAGAUGAGAAAAUAACUACUGCUGCAUUCACUGAAGAGGUACCUAAAAAAGAAGAAAAGGAAACAAUGCUGACCAAAUUUAAAAAUAUUAUGAAAGACAAAGAUGAAGUUAAAAAUGUAAAAUUGAGUCACAGUUCUGACGAGCGAAUUAUUAUUGGUGGAGAAAAUGAUUCCAGAGCCACAGUAACAAACACACGAAUUUCUGCGGAGUUGCUACAAAAGUUCGAUGGCAGAAAUCGAGAAGACCUUAUACUGAUAAUAAACGAGCUACAGAGCGAGUUAGAACAUCAAAAACGAAAAAACAAAGACCUUGAAGACUACCUCGAUGAAUUAUUAUUAAAAGUGAUGGAAACUACACCAAGGAUUUUACAAAACCCAUAUGCUGAUUGCAGAAUGGCCCAUACUCAAGUUAAAUAGUUGUAUUUGUUAUUAUUAUUCGUAAAAAAAAAACAUUGUUAUUGCUAAAUAAUCAUAAACACUCUUGUAUUACCAUUUUUGGGCGUAAUAGUAAUAAUUAUGUUUGAUAUUUUUCAGUUAUUGGUUUUGGUUUGUUUCACAAUUUAUAUACAACAUAUGAAUUAACAUAUUGUAAAUUCUAAACUACAUAAUAUAU